AUGAGUAAAACAACAUCUGUCCAUAUCAAUGACCUUGCUCUGUCCUCUACAGCAGGUCCACAUCCUACAACAAUGUUAUCGGAUUUCAAGCAACGUCUCAAAGCCAUUAAGCAGAAAUGGGGGCCUCUCAUGGCAGCUAAGGAGCACUUGGAUGAUGACUACAACUUUCCUCCGGGCAGAUAUGCCGGCCAGGACGACUCAAAGGUAUUUCGACGAUGGUCAGUGGUUCACAGCUAA